AUGCCCUUGAGUCAUGAUCUCGGCAGCACCGCGAUCGGCGGGCCAGGCAACUCUCAUCACCGGACUGCUAGGCUCCGGAUCGUCGAUGAGUUCGGCCCCACGGUCGGGAGCUUCGACACCGCCGCCGACGCCGCCGUGCUCAACCGCAACAGCCUCUCCGUCUUCCUGCACCGCAACCUCGGCGCCCUCCCUCUUGGCAAGUACCGCCCGCUGCACGACCCGGGGGGCGCCGUCCGGCCGCUGCUCGGCCUCUUCUCCAGCCUCGCGCACUGCGGGGUCUCGCCCGAAGACUAUCUCCGAUAUGUGGAGGCCCUGGAAACGGAGCUGGGCACAACCGCCGGUGGUGGCGAACAGCAAGGAGGCGUUACGGUCGACGAUGACGCCGGGAGCGGUGCACAGGCUAGGCGGGCGAGGCAGCGGGCGCAGCUUGAAGCCGAAGGCUGGCGCGCGCACGUCGCCGGGGAGCGAGACAAGGCCAACGUCUACGAGGCCUUCGUGGACCUCAAGAGGCGGGAAGGGGUCGAGGACUUCUCCGACCAGUUGCUGUUGGCGCGGCGGAUCCUCAGAGAAAGCGCCACCGCCAAGGCCGCACUAUCGCUGCGCUUGUCGCACGUCUACGUAGACGACAUACAGUGGUACUCGCCCGCGAUGAUCGAUAUCCUGGCGAGUCUUGUAGCUCCGGGGGCCAGGAUUACGGCGACGGCGGACCCGCAUUUAGCGGCCAUGUCUCGCGUUGGAAUCUUUCGCGCCGAGCACACAGCCAUCGCUCGGUUCAAGAAGGCCUUUCCGGGCGCUCAGGAACUCCACCUAGAGGGCAACCACCAUAGUAGUUCUGCCAUCCAGAUGGCCAUGAAGACGCUAGAGCCUCGCGAUGCUCCGGCGGCGGCAAAGAGGAAGAACUCAGCAAAGGCGGCGAAGGCGGACGCACCGGGCGUUGCUGAUUUUCUUGAAGACACUGCCGGUGUUGAAAGAAACACAUCGGCAGCAGCAGCAGCAGCAACGGACGAGAAGCCCGCGCUUGCAACGACACCAGGAGCAGCAAGCAGAGACAGCCGGCUGACCUGCCUCACAUUUCAAACGGAGGGAGACGAGGUGAAAGCUUUGGGGAGGAGAGUCCGAGAGGUGAUCAAAGCCGGGGUGCACCCGGGUGAUAUUGGGGUGGCAGCCGUCGGAGGGGGGGGCGUUGCGGACACCUUGGUUGCGGCGCUCAGUGCAGCAGGGGUGCCGGUUGAGUCCCCCCCACGCUUCUCGGCGGUGUUCGACAACGAAACGCCGCGGAUGCUCAUGUCUUUUCUCCGGUGCCUGGUGCACCCCUCAGAAUCGACCCCGCUGCUACACCUGCUAAUGUCUUGCCCCGCGUACGCUUUGCCCGGCGGCGAGCUGACGGCAGCCUUGGAAGGGCACCUAUCGCGGUACGUACCCUUGCGGUCGUUUCUUCGAGAUAUUCACUCGGGCGAGGGAGGGGACUCGCACCCACGAGGGGGGGGGCACGGGGUUUCGACCAGCGCGAGGAACGUCGCUGGGAAGCUCCUGUCCGACGUAGAUCGAUUUGCGGAAACGGCGAAAAGGACAGGGGUGAGGGAAAUCAUGCUCGACUUUUUGAGGUAUUCGGGGCGACUGGAGCGGCUCGAGGAGCCCACCACGAAGGAAGAAGAGGAGGAGGGGCGAGCAGUGGCGGAAUUCUUCGAGCUCACAGCGAGGGCAGAGCAACAGGCUGGGGGUGACAAUGUCGCCCUCGUCGAACCGAUCCUCCGCUUGUUCCGGCGCCAUGGCACCGGGUACAUGAAACCCUCCGGGCCCCGCGACGACGAGGCAGCGACAGGCGGGGAAUUCGGGGGCUCCUCUGCUGGUUCCAGCGGCGUUGUCCGCGUCUUUCGACUUGGCGAGGACUGGAACGCCGGCGAGAACCGCUCCUAUCACACCGUUUUCAUCCCGUUCUGCAGCAGAGCGCGCCUCCCCGGUAACCUUCGAACGCCGCGCUUGACGGUGCCGGGACCGUUCCGCGGCUAUCCGGAGCCGCGGGACACUGGGAGCCUACGAGCAGAGGCUGAUCUUGCACGCGCCUACCAUGAGAACCGGGGCAGAGCGAUGCUGUAUGCCGCUCUGGGCUCCGCCGGGCAGGAGGUUUGCCUCAGUGUUUCAGCCCGGGCCAUCCGCGGUAAGACGCACCUAAGCCCUAGCCCGUUUCUUGCCGAGAUCCUGGGGGAUGACGCCCCGCGAGAGUGGAUAACGGCGAUCGAGACACCGAAGGAUCAAGAGGACCGCUUACACCUUGUGGAGGACGAGGGUGCUGCUGCGCCCGGGGGCAGUAGAGACGCAGCGCCGAAGGUCGUUGAGGGGGGGUAUGCCACCGUUGCCGGGAGGCUCGAGUCCGCGUCGCCGUCGCCGGCGGCCGCGGCGCUCCGGCUGUCGUUCUCUUCCAUUUCGUCGUUUGCGGCGUGCCCGUACAGCUACUUCCUCCAGCACGUGCUCAACGUGUCCCCUCCGCCGAACCCGCGAAUGGUGUACGGCCAAGCCAUGCACGAGGGGGUUGCCGCGUUGCUGCGUGGCGUGGCGAGCGGGAGCCGGGGGGCUGGCCCGCCCCCGACCCUGGAAGCCGUGGUGGAAGACUUCAACCAACACCUGCGGGGGUGCGCGUUCGAGUCGGUGGACCAGCUGCGCACACUAAGAGCGGCUGGCGUGGCCGGCUUGGAGUCGUUCAUGUCUAGGCUAAUCGAGGACAGAGGCUGCACCACCGGUGCGGGCUCUGGUCACAACUCGCAACCGCGUCAGCUCCUCGUGGAACGCAAGUUUAUGGUGAAGAUUCCGGAGGCGAGCGUCGUGCUCUCAGGAAUUUUCGACAGGGUGGACAUCGAGGCGGCUGUCGGCGAGGGCUCUUCACACCCUGGGUUGCUCUCCAUAACGGACUACAAAUCGAACGUCGGCGCGAAAGUCCCAAGCCGCAUGGUCCGGGACAAUCUUCAGCUCCGGAUCUACGCGCUCGCGGCCGAGCGGCUGUUCGGAACUCCACCGACCGAGAUAGCGAUAGAGUCGAUAGAGGACGGGCGUAGGGGGGUAGCGGUGCCGCUUGCGGCCGACGCGAAGGUUGCCUUGGAGGCGAUUUCCGCCACGGCGACGGCGGUUCGCGCGGAGCGGUUCGAGGCCACCCCGUCUUUCCAGGCGUGCACUUUCUGCAGCUUCAAGCACAUGUGCCGGCACUCGGUCGUCGCAAGUGCAGCCCUUUAGAUAUACAUACGUGUUGAAGAGUCGCAUGUGCUGUGCAUGUAUGGGGUCUGAAUGGCCGCAAAUUUUUCUUGAAGACUAUCCGUGAUUUUGAGUCAAUCUUGUCGUGCUUCGUUGAGGACAGACUCGCGCCGCCGGACUUUGUCCUCGUACGUGGUGUCCUACUACCUAACCCUUGAUCUGGUCGUCGUGCCUCUUGAGUCUCUCUUUGAUCGCGGUAGGGCUCUUUCUCCUGUCAGGAUGCCGACGGUCUCCACCUUUUGGUGGGGGCAUGAGAGAGUUUGUAGCAGAGAAAUUUCGUCUAUCGUGUCGAAGGGUUAGUAGAAUUAGUUCGGAGUUCUAUUUCGGCACGAUCGUUUUAUUUCGCCAGUUUGAUACCAUGUGAUGUUGAGAUCAAUUUUCAUGCAUGCUCGGAAGUAUGGGCCUUGUGCCUUUUCUAGAGCACCAGUUAGCUGCAGCACACCUACCUUGGCUAACGCUCAGCGCUUGUCUCCAGCAACAACUAUAGUCUAGUGGUGGCAUCGGCAUUGAUUGAUUGAUGUUCCGCGAAGAUGCACAUGUCGUAGUCAAGGUGUCGAGGUCCAGUGAUACCUGUCGGAUACGGUAUACUAAAUACUGCUGUAUACUCCAAGCCCUGGGUUUCUUUUACUCGUUGUACUCACUCGACGUUCAGGGGCGCCGGCCGAAUUUUGUAUGCGCACAUACAUGUAUUCCGGGUUGUUGUCACAAGCGUAGCGAAACCUAAGCUGUGGUGCUGCAGGAGACGCAGUUUACCCCGUUUUGAGCCUAAACACGCGGGGUGUUCAUUUUGUCGAUUCGCUUAAUAUGAAGUACGUAGUGCUGAUAGCGGUGCGCGCACAAUCAGAGUCUGAGGGAGGUCAGUUUUUAAUGUCUGACCAUCCAUUU